AUGAUCGAACUGGAUCCAGAACCAGACACCGAUCAGACCGCUUCCCUGCAGCUUGAGGAUGCAUCUGAAGCUAAAUGUGAGGCGGAUGUGGUUGAAAUGGAAGGGAAUGAAGAGCAAUGUGCUGAUGUUUGCUGCUCACAGGAAGAGGGACCCUCAUCCAUCCAUCAGCCUGAACCUGGAGAGGGGACUGAGGAGGUGGAGAGUGAAGACUUCUGUGCCGUCUGUCUGAACGGAGGAGAUCUGCUCUGCUGCGACCGCUGCCCUAAAGUUUACCACUCAGCCUGUCACAUACCUCCUCUCAUCAUCCUCCCACUAGGGGACUGGGUGUGUACGCUGUGCAGGUCUGACCAGGAACCUGUGGAGGCCUACGACUGUGAGAACAUCCACAACUGUGAGGGAAUCAAACCCCUGUACACAUUGUCCAACCAGGACCAGAGGAGGUGUGAGAAGUUGACCCUGCUGUUGUACUGUCACCUGCUCAGCGCUCCGUUUCAUGAACCCGUCAGUCGUCUGGCUCGAAACUACUACCAGAUCAUCAAGAGGCCCAUCGACCUGUCGGUGAUCCGCAGGAAACUGGACAAGAGCAAAACUGUGCACUACUUCAGCACUGAGCAGUUUGUCGAUGACGUCCUGCUGAUGUUAAAGAACUGUGCUACUUUCAAUUACCCGGACUCAGAGGUGGCUCAGGCCGGCCGAAACCUGGAGGUGUUCUUCUUCAGCAAACUGAAGGAGAUUUUUCCUGACAGGACGUUCCCGACGGCCAGCCAGGAAACAGUGGACGCCGCUCGUCUCCGCUGGCUGAGCAGGAAGAGGAAGGAAAACUACAGAAGGAGGAGAUACAUGUUUACCCUGCGAUUCGCUGGUGACCCGCCCACCUCCACCAAAUGUCAGCGGGGAUUUGCUCCAGCUCCCCCAGCGACGGUCAAGUGA